GUUUCCCCGUCUCAAAGGGAACAAGAGAAACACAUUUUCAUAUUAUUGAAUCCCUAGUUUCUUUACUUUCCCUUUGAUUCCUUCCUCUCAAUUACCUCUCUCUUUUCUUCCUUUGUUUGGAUGGCCGGCCAAACAAUCAUCGUUUCCGGGUUGAACCCGGCGGCCAUUCUUCAGUCCACAAUUGGCGGCGGAGCUUCUCCUACAGCGGCGGCGGCGGCGGAAAACGGCACCAGAAAAGUCAUCCCUCUUUCAAGAGAUGCCUUACAAGAUUUCAUGUUAUCAAUCAUAACCCAAAAAUUACAAGAUGAGAAACAACCUUUUUACGUGUUAGAUUUGGGUGAGGUUGUUUAUCUUAUGGACCAAUGGAAAUCUGCUCUCCCAAAUAUCCGUCCAUUUUACGCUGUUAAAUGUAACCCUGAACCGUCGUUCCUUUCAAUUUUAUCUGCUAUGGGCUCAAAUUUUGAUUGUGCUAGCCGUGCUGAAAUUGAGUGCGUUUUAGCCCUUGGCAUUUCACCUGACCGUAUUGUUUUUGCAAAUCCAUGCAAACCGGAAUCCGAUAUUAUUUUUGCAGCUAAAGUUGGGGUGAAUUUGACAACCUACGAUUCCGAAGAUGAGGUUUACAAGAUCCGAAAGCAUCACCCAAAAUCCGAACUCUUGCUCCGAAUCAAGCCCAUGUUCGACGGCAACGCGAGAUGUCCAAUGGGCCCAAAAUACGGCGCGCUUCCAGAAGAAGUCGAACCGCUGCUCCGCGCAGCUCAGGCCGCCCGGCUCACCGUCUCCGGCGUCUCCUUCCACAUCGGAAGCGGAGACGCCGAUUCGAACGCUUAUCUCGGCGCCAUAGCCGCGGCUAAGGAAGUGUUUGAAACAGCUGCUAAACUCGGGAUGUCGAAAAUGACUGUUCUAGACGUCGGCGGCGGGUUUACAUCCGGCCACCAGUUCACAACCGCCGCCGCUGCCGUUAAAUCAGCUUUAAAACAACGCUUCGAUGACGAACCGGAGUUGACAAUCAUAGCUGAACCGGGUCGGUUUUUUGCAGAGACGGCGUUUACUUUGGCAACGACGAUUAUAGGGAAAAGAGUGAGGGGUGAAUUGAGGGAGUAUUGGAUUAACGACGGACUGUACGGUUCGAUGAACUGUGUACUUUACGACCAUGCGACGGUGAAUGCAACGCCGUUAGCUGUUCAGUCGAAUCGUAGUAACGUCACCUGCGGCGGGUCGAAAACGUUUCCGACGACUGUGUUUGGGCCCACUUGUGAUGCUCUUGAUACUGUUUUAAGGGAUUACCAGUUACCGGAGCUGCAGGUUAAUGAUUGGCUGGUUUUUCCUAAUAUGGGCGCUUAUACUAAAGCAGCUGGGUCCAAUUUUAAUGGAUUUAAUACUUCCGCCAUUGUUACUCACCUCGCUUAUGCUUAUCCAAGCUGAUGAACCACCUGUAUUAGGAAUUACUACCGUGGGUUGAUGGUUUUUUCCUUUUUUGGGUAUCUUUUUCUUAAUUUUGUUGUUUUUGGUAGUAAUUUAUAUUCCAAAUCAGCUUGUAAUUCUCUUGUAUACCAUAAGAAUGCAAGGAUUUGCUAAUUGUGAUUUGCUCUAAUAUGGAGGUUUUUAAAAUUAGUUAUUAGAUAAUCUGUUUGGAUG